AUGGACAUGGCCAUGGACACGAUUGUUCCUGAAUCUUUACCUUGGGAACACACCGAUGAAGGACCUGAUGACUCUGUGUCCCACUUGAAGACCUCUCUUAUCGGCAAUUCUAUCACUCUGCCUAUUUCCAAAGGCAAGCUGGUAUUCGGUACUUGGCAGGGUAUCUAUUUAGCGGAAUUCAGACACAGUGGUGCAGGAUGGGGAGGAAGAGGUCAAGGUAGAAAGGUGAUAGCUACCAUCUUGUGA